AGAUUGAUCUAUGUCUAUCGAGGAGGACAAUUAUGAUUAUCUAUUCAAAGUUGUUCUCAUUGGCGAUUCCGGAGUCGGCAAAUCGAACUUGCUCUCACGAUUCGCUCGAAAUUCAUUCAAUUUGGAAUCGAAAACCACUAUUGGAGUCGAGUUUGCAACAAGGACAGUUGAGAUUGACGGUAAAUUGAUAAAAGCUCAAAUAUGGGACACUGCUGGUCAAGAACGAUAUCGUGCCAUCACCUCCGCCUACUACAGAGGAGCAGUAGGAGCGCUCCUAGUAUAUGACAUAUCUAAACAAAAUACGUUGGAUUCCUGUGAACGAUGGCUACGUGAAUUACGGGAGUACUCUAAUGAAAGUGUUUCGGUAAUGCUGGUUGGGAACAAACUCGAUUUGCGACACUUCCGCGCCGUUCCGACAGAAGUGGCAUUGAAGUAUGCAGAAAAGAACAAUCUAUCCUUCAUAGAGACGUCAGCGUUGGACAGCACAAAUGUCAACGAAGCAUUCACAGCGAUUCUGACUCACAUUUACAAGACCGUGGCGAGCCGACAUGUGAGCAUUCCUUACGACGCGGGAUCGAAAGCAGAUUUGACAAAACCAAAACCUGAGAAAAAAUGCUGUCCAAUAAAUUAACUAUAUUUGUGUUGCUUAUCACAUGUCUUAAAAACUGCAGAU